GUGUGUGUGUGUGUGUGUGUGUGUGUGUGUCUAUAAAUCCACACCCAUUUUUAACCAGAAACGUCCAGAAUACAUUUCUAACAAGAGCACUGGCCAAGACAGCUCCUUCUGAGAGAUUCUCUAGAAGACAUGAUGCUACACUCAGCUUCAGCUCUCUGCCUAUUACUCGUCACAGUUUCUUCCAACCUUGCCAUUGCAAUAAGAAAGGAAAAGAGGCCUCCUCAGACACUCUCAAGAGGAUGGGGAGAUGACAUCACUUGGGUACAAACUUAUGAAGAAGGUCUCUUUUAUGCUCAGAAAAGUAAGAAGCCAUUAAUGGUUAUUCAUCACCUGGAGGAUUGUCAAUAUUCCCAAGGACUAAAAAGAGUAUUUGCCCAAAAUGAAGAAAUACAAGAAAUGGCUCAGAAUAAAUUCAUCAUGCUAAACCUUAUGCAUGAGACCACCGAUAAGAAUUUAUCACCUGAUGGGCAAUAUGUGCCUAGAAUCAUGUUUGUAGACCCUUCUUUAACAGUCAGGGCUGAUAUAACUGGAAGAUACUCUAACAGAUUGUAUACAUAUGAGCCUCAGGACUUACCCCUAUUGAUAGACAACAUGAAGAAAGCAUUAAGACUUAUUCAGAUAGAGUUAUAAGGGAUGACGGAAAAAUGCCUUCACUUCAAAGAAGUCAAAUUUCAUGGAGAAAACCUCUGGAACACCGACAAAUACUAAAUGUGCAAGUAUAGAGAUUUUGUAAUAUUACUAUUUAGUUUUUUUUAAUGUGUUUGCAAUAGUCUUAUUACAAUAAAUGUUUUUUUUUAAUCUGAGAAUGA